GCCUGCAGAUGCGUAUUGGAUCCUGGUGACAAAAUUGUGGACUGCCCACCAACCUUUACGAUGUAUGAGUUUGAUGCAGCUGUUAAUGCUGCACUUGUCAUCAAGGUGUCUCGGAAAUCAGACUUCAGCUUGGAUGUAGAACGGAUUGCUGAUGUUGUUGAGCAGGAAAGACCUAAGUGCAUAUUCCUAACUUCACCUAAUAAUCCAGAUGGGAGUAUAAUCAAUGAUGAAACCCUUUUGAAAAUACUUGCUCUGCCUGUAUUGGUUGUGCUGGACGAAGCGUACAUUGAAUUUUCUGGAAUCGAGUCUAGGAUGAGCUGGGUGAAGAAGUAUGAGAAUCUAAUAGUACUUCGGACAUUCAGCAAAAGAGCUGGUACGGUGCCUUGUAACAUCAAAGAGCUAACAUUAUAAAAAAUGAAGCUUCAA